GUUAUCAAAAGUAGGGAACCUUGUAAGCCUUGAAGUUUGCAUGGAGAUCAUGGAUCUUCUUUAUGAAACAGAGCAGACUUCAAUGCUAUUCAGCUCUCCUCAUGCUCUUUCUGCAUCCAUUCUUGUAGCUGCGUACUUUUUCAUGGUGCCCAAGCAACAGUGGGAGUUCCCUCUUCUUCCUUGGGGAUUUUAUUAUUUGGAUGGAUACUUUCAACGACAAGGAUUGAAAGAGGGGGACAAUCGGAAAAUAUUGCAUAUUUACUAAAUUUCAGUAUUACAUGCAUGAAGUUGGUAAGAGGAAGCAAAUAUUGAAAGAAAAUAUAAUAAAGGUGAAUAUCUUCUAUAACCCUAAAAAAAGAAAAGAUUCUAGGGAUCUAACAAAUUUUUUUUCUCCAUUUUCUUUGUUUAGGAUUUUAUCAUUGGGAUGGGUUCUUUCAACAAGGAUUGAAAGAGAGGGAGAAUAGGAAAAUAUUACAUAUUUACUAAAUUUCAAAAGUAGUAAAGCAUAAAGUAGGUAAGAGAGCAAAUAUUGAAAGGGGAUGUAAUAAAGAUGAAUAAAUUCUAUACAAAAAAAUAUUACAAUAAUUAUUAAAAACAAUCCUGAGAUUGUCUUGAGAGGAGCAUGAUCGGUUUAUCAAAAAGAGAAUUAUUUAACUUGGACGUAGAAUCCUCAAAGGAGAUUUUUUUUGUUGUCAGCAGAAUUGAUGCAUUUAUAUACAUAAAUAGAAAUAAUUGAACAUAAAGGAAAUAAUAUCGAGUAUAUACUCAAUCAAGAGAAUAGGUUACAUAGUAAUAACAGUUCAUGUUAA